ACCUUUCGGGUAUAACAACACUGGAAGUCAGUCGAUGGCCUAGCAUUUCCAGGUUGUGUCUUCACGUUCCAGUGAACUCGCUUAUGAUCCAACUCAAAAUACACUAUGGGGACUCGAGCUUCCAUUCAACUCCAAGAAAAUGAACUAAAUGAAAUACAGAACGAGACCGGAUUUUCACACAAUCAGAUCGUACGACUUUACAGCCGAUUCACAAGUCUUGACAAGAGUAGCAAUGGAGUUUUAAGCCGAGAAGAUUUUCUUCGCAUUCCAGAACUUGCAAUCAAUCCACUUGGAGACAGGAUAGUACAUGCAUUUUUCCAGGAAAGCAAUGAUGAGACGGUAAAUUUUAGACAGUUUAUGCGAGUACUGGCAAGGUUUCGACCAACCAAGUCAAACCAGACAAAAAACAAAUUGAACUCCAGAGAGGAGAAACUCAAAUUUGCUUUCAAGAUGUAUGAUCUGGAUGGAGAUGACAAGAUUUCAAGGGAUGAGCUGUUGGCUGUACUUCAUAUGAUGGUCGGUGACAAUAUCACAGAGGAACAGCUGGGAAGUAUAGCUGACAAGACCAUCAGUGAAGCUGAUAUAAAUGGGGACAACCAGAUCUCAUUUGAUGAGUUUGUAACGGCAAUGGAACGAAUGGAUGUAGAACAGAAGAUGAGUAUACGCUUUUUACACUGAUCUGGAUGCAAUGCUAGAGUAGAGGCAGGGAAAGAAUUACAAUCAGCGAAAAAGCUUGGAACUGUAAAACAAUCGUCAAAUGUGUGCAGUCAUUACCGGACUUCUUGCCAGUGUAAGCUUCAGCAGAACCUCUGUUAGACUUGUACAAGUCCCGUUAUUGUUAUAGUUUGUUAAUGUGCCAUCUUACUCAAUAUUUUGAUUGACACUUUAAAUAUGCUGUGAUCAAAAAAUUGAUUUUGUCGAAAUAAAAGGGUAAGAUUUAACUCUGCUGGGUAUUGUUUUAGUGGAGUCGUGUGACAGAAAAGUAUUUGACUUCUUAGAUUUUAUAUUGCAUACAUUAUAUUCUAUACCGGAAAUUUUCACCAGAGUUUAACUUUCACCUUAUUUCUACCCCCUCCAUAAUGAGGGUCAAUUGAUCCUGACAGUGAAUAUCAAUACACAACAUAUAGUCAUUACAAGUGAAGGGUGAAAUCAUCACUAAGCAAAGUUUGAUCAGGUGAAAAUUUCUCGGUAUACCCUAUUUACUUGGACUCUUUAUCAUAUGGUUUUUAUUAUUGUUUAUGUAUGAUGGUGUCUGCUGGUAUAAACUGAUUAGGUUGAUAGUUUUUAUUUCUGUUAUGAGAAAAUAAACAUACCAUUUUGGUUCCGAAAAAUUCAUUUAUAAUAUUUCAAAGAAGCAGUUGUUGUCACUAUUUUUUGGAACUAAUUCCUGUAUUGUGUCACAUUUUCUUAUUUACCGGGUUAUCUUGAAUUUCUUAAUAUUUAUGUGAAGAUAUCGGAAUGUGGUAUUAUCCAUAAAACAACUAUUUGAGUGAUUUUAAUUCAAUGUAAUACAGUGUAUUCAGUCUUGCAUUUAGCCCUACAUUUACAGGUGGCCAGGGACUUCAGUACAAAAUCAUGUACUGAAAUUUACAAUGUGUUGCCAAGGAAAUCCGACACUGUGCUUUAUGUUACAUUUUACUCUGUAUAAAUUUGUUCUACCUUUAUUUUGUAUAUCCAUGUUUUAUUACAUAGUAGGAGUUCCAAACCAUAUUAAUUCACAGGUGCUUGAUUAGGACAAAGAAUAGUUCUACUGCCACUACGUGGAAGCCUUUUUAAUAUAUUUAGCAGUGUUUAAAAGAUGCUAAUGCAACUUAGAAAAAUAAGCAAAAAUAAUUAUUGAGUUAAUUUAUUUAUGAGGAGAGUUUUAUUUAAUGUUAGAGCAAUACUGCUUUUGUUAUAGAAGGAUUUAGGGAUACAAAUAGACUGUAGAUGACUUAAACUUCAUAUGAAUUUGGGAAUAGAUGUAUACUGUAGAUGACUUCAUGUGAUACUUCUUGUGUGUAGGUUGGCAUUAAACAUUGAACAUAUAUAAUGCAAGACAUGCAGGGUAAACCAAUGUUAAUUAACAUUCUAUCAAUAAGUACAAAAAGUCACAUGACGACAUGAUUUAUAAAUAUAUAAGUAAUUUACAGUAUACUAAAGGGCAAACACUCACAUUGCAUGGCUAUGUAACUCACUUUGGAGUCUGACAGUGAUGUUCUUGCCUUUACAUAUCGUGAAUUAAAAUUACCUGGUACUGGCAUCCAUUUUAAGAAAUAGAAUUUUUAGAUUUCAGAUAUCUACCCAUGUAUAUACUUUUGUUACUAACACUAUAUGUCUAUCAAUAUAUUUUAUAUUUUAUUUCUGAUACAGAUAUUUCUGUAGUAGAAUCUUCAUUUAGGAAUCGGUACUGAUUUCCUUUUGCAUUGCUUACAGCUCAUAUGUUGUCAGCAUUUUAACAUCAAUGGAUGAACCAUUCCUUCUGUUUUGAUAUAACCUUCCCUGUCCCUUCUAGUUUCCUUUGCUCCUUCUCCUUUCAUUUCCUUUUUAUCUUUCUUUGCCCAAUUUGUGUCCACUGCAGGACCUGGUUUGGAUGCCUCUGUGCCUCAAUUUUAUCUGUAUGAUCCAACCCAUUCCACUGCAUCUUUCUUUAUUUCUAGUAUGGUUUCCAAUCUUGGUUCUUGCUCUCUGUUCCCGAUGACCGACAUAUUUUGCCGGAACAGUUUGGAAAUGCAGCACAAAUAAUUAUACCACCUAAAUUGAAAAUACUGUAAAUCAGUAUAAUUCUUAUAUUUAUGCCUAAUACUUAGACGGUAGAAGGUUUGAAUAUGAGAAAGUCUCUAUAUAGAGUGUUUCAAUAUAUUGUUUUAUUAUUCUACCAAACCUAGCUCUGCUGUAAUGAGGUACAAAUAUUGUAACAGCGGAGGUUUACCAAGCAAGCCUAAGGUAGCGCUACCUCUCAGGGCAACUGAUUGACUGUCAAACACCUGUCCAAAUACUUUUGAUAGAUUCUGGCUUAAAUUUGAAUCAAGCACGGCUGAACAGAAGGGGACUUUCAUUGGUUGUAUAAAACAAGAGUGUAGUGUGUGAUCAUGUAGAGGCAUAUCUCAAGGAUAUUGACAUGUUGUAUAUUUUAAAGGUGCUAAGUUUACAAUGAAAUUUAAGACAUAUUGGUGGUGAAAAUUUUGUCAAGUUUUGAAUCGGUACAAGCUGUAAUUGACAAUAUAAUUACUGGUAAUGUUUCUUGUUUCUAUUACCUUCAUUGAGAAAUCCAAACAUGAAAAUUUCAAUAUUUAUAGAGUAAUACAAUUACCAUAUUCUUCAUAUUUAUGUAAUUGUGAAACAUUGUAUUUGCAAUUAUAGACAAUAAACACAUUCUAUUGCA